UAGCAACGCCCGCUGGCGGAAUCCGGGAGCAGCGGGAGGCGGUGGCAGGUUCUCUCGGUGCCGGCGGCCUGUCCCCGCGGCGGGGCGGCCUGGGGCCGGGGCGAUGCCGCCGGAGGAGUCCGAUCUGUCGCUCAUUAUCGCCCACGUCGUCCAGAAGCUGAAGGGCUCCAGUCUGUACGCGCAGCUGGAACGGCAAGCCUGGGCCAGUCUUCAGAGACCUGAGAUUAGACUUGAAUCACUAAAAGAAGAUAUUAAGGAAUUCUUUAAAAUAUCAGGUUGGGAGAAGAAACUUCAGAAUGCUGUUUAUAGUGAACUCAGUGUGUGUCCUUUACCAAGCCAUCCUGCUGCACCUCCUGAACAUCUGAAGGAGCCCUUGGUGUACAUGAGAAAAGCACAGGGAAGUUGGGAAAAAAGAAUUUUGAAGAGUUUAAAUAGUAUGUGCACAGAAUUGAGUAUCCCAUUGGCACGAAAGAGACCAGCUUUAGAACAGAAAGAACUUCUUAAUAAAUGGAAUGAAAUGGGAACCGAUGAACCAGAUUUAAGCCUUUUUCGACCUGUUUAUGCACCCAAGGAUUUUCUUGAGGUUUUAAUUAAUCUUCGCAACCCAAAUUAUGAAAAUGGUGAUUCUCUUGGUUUCAGGACUCAUUUGGGUUUAAUCCAAGUUCCUCUGAAAGUAAAAGACAUUCCAGAGUUGAAAGAAUGUUUUGUAGAACUUGGCUUAACUACAGGACAGCUGGGCAUCGAUGAUUCUACACAAGUGCCUCCUGAACUUUUUGAAAAUGAGCAUGUGCGUAUUGGGCAGAAAGUUCUAGUGGAGCAAGAUAGUGCCGCUGCUCAACAGUACAUCAGGCAAGGGAGCCCCACAGCACUGAGAGCGGAACUGUGGGCUCUCAUUCUCAAUGUCUCCAGUCAGCCAGAGGAUGUCUUAUAUUAUGAGCAGCUUAAGACCAAUGUGAUACAACAUGACCUUUUGGUGGACAGUCUAAUUUAUAAGGAUGUAAAGUUGACCGCAAGUAAUGAUGAUUAUUAUUUUGUAUUUGAAGAUUAUUUAUAUCAGGUAUUGCUUUGUUUUUCCCGGGAUACGUCUGUUCUGGGUCACUUUUCAUACAACAGUGCUUCACCACCAAAAUCCUACAUAAGAGGAAAACUAGGAUUAGAGGAAUAUGCUGUCUUUUAUCCACCAAAUGGUGUUAUCCCUUUUCAUGGAUUUUCCAUGUAUGUUGCGCCACUCUGCUUUCUGUACCAUGAACCUUACAAAUUAUAUCAGAUAUUCCGAGAGAUGUAUGUUCGCUUUUUCUUCAGACUCCAUUCCAUCUCUUCUCAUCCUUCUGGCAUUGUAUCCCUCUGUUUGCUGUUUGAAACCCUUCUUCAAACAUAUCUCCCCCAACUCUUUUAUCAUCUGCGGGAAAUUGGGGCUCAACCACUCCGCAUAUCAUUUAAGUGGAUGGUUCGAGCUUUCUCUGGAUACUUAGCUACAGACCAACUCCUGCUCUUGUGGGAUCGAAUCCUAGGAUACAAUUCUCUGGAAAUUCUUGCUGUCCUGGCAGCUGCCGUGUUUGCUUUCCGAGCAGUGAACCUGAUGGAGGUGACAUCACUGGCCGCAGCUGAGGCAGUUCUUGCUGACCUUUCUACAUUAAAAGUUAUGCCUCUUCUUCAAAUUUUUCUGUUUGCUACUGUCACCUGAUCUUCUUCAAGGUCACUGACAACACAGCUAGUUUUUCAUUAGAAACUAAUCAUGAACUAUGCAAACUCUGCAUAAAACCAAAAUUAAACUUUGCAUAUAAGCCAAUAAAGAUCAUGUUCCCGCCUCAGUUA